UUGAGAUUAAGUAUAAUUCCUUCCUGAAAUAAAGCGAUCACUACACAGGCGUGUGUGUAUUUUAGUUGGGCACCACCCAACACGUUGAAUUGCCGAAAUCCAUCGAUAUUUUCUGGUCUUUUCUUCCGGUAUUCCAUAGAAUGACCUCUUUGAAUAUCUCUCUCGUCUGUUGUGACAACCAACAGCACAACAAGUCUCAGCCAUGGUGUACAUUGUGCUCCGGUUCUAUGUCCCGCACACUGUCGAGCAAUUCUUUUUGAGCGGCAAUACGGCGCCGUGAAAACGGUGACGUCACGUGCACGAGCUCUAUAAGCAUGGGGGGAAUUUAAUCACUAUCAAUGGAAAAGAGAAUUACUCUCUCUUUUCAAGAUGCUUAAAAAACACUGGAAGGGAUUGUACCAACCUCAGUAGGUCAGGUCGGCCCCAGAAUGGCAGCCCGCUAUCUCCAAGCGGCAGUCGUUUUUCCACCCAAGACCUUAGCCAGCCAACGGUUAAGUAAGAAGAAUCUCCUGAACCGCUCAUCGUUCCCUCUCGCGGGCAAAGGGCCAGAGACGAUUACUUGUUAACAGCAGUAUCGCAGUGGGAAAUGCCGCCCAAGUACAGUACACGUGCUGACAAGAAUGGGCAAAGCCUAAAAAUUGUGCAACUUUGAAGGUUCCACUUCAUUCUGCUCCACAAGCUUAUUUCCGAAAAUAGGAUGAAAGUGUAAACUGCGCACACGCAACCAAUCCGAACCUCAGUGUCUUGUCGUCGACUUCUUGUUGAUAUUGCGUGGUUUUUUUUUUUUUUUUGGCCAAAUCCACGGGGAUGGUUAGAGAGCAUCUGCGCGUGUGUUGUGAUUGCACAUCGGUGGCGUUCAUUUUCGAGGGCCUGUUGAAGAGCUGACACUUGCUGCUGACGGGAAAACGUGAAUGCGUCUCUUCCCACGAGCCGCCUGAUCCAAUUGCAGUAUCCACACGGGCGAAGUCUUUUGUCCAUAUAUGUGUGUAAAUAUUGACAAUACCAUGUCAUGUAAAUCCAAAAAGUGUCAUUUGGGAAAUAAAUAAUAUUUUGUAAAAGCCGCCCUUCAUGAUUUCCUGGCGGAGUUGACCGCGCGUGUUUGCAGCAGUGUCGCACGACCACCAGAUGGCGCUGCGGCCCCUGUGCCGUGACCAGCUUGAUCGUCGGGGAGUCCUCCAUCCGCUGGCCGAGCAUGCGGGGCGCAUCUCGUUCCUCUGCAGGUCGGUGACUUGGGCUGGCAAUGAGUCACAGCCGGGAUGCGGUGUUUCACUUUUCAUGCUUUAUUUCUUAUUCUUUCUUUCUGUUCUUGUUGCUGCUGCUGCGUGUGCGUCCCAGGGAGGAGGAGACGCUGGAGGGAUGGAGAAGAAGAGAGAAUCUUUCCUUCAGUACGGAUCGCUGAAUCGUGCGCAAUGGAGCGCCGGGAGCCACAAAGCAGAGGGGGACGUGGUGUCCAUGGCGGACUCCAGCAUCACCGUGGACGACAUCGAGGGCGAACUCUUCAAGAUUGACCGCAUCAGAGACGUUCUGGUCCGCAGGGAGUCGGAGCUCCGAUACAUGAUGGACGACAUUCAGCUGUGCAAGGAGAUCACUCGGCUGAAGAAGGAGCUGCAAAAAUUAGUGUCGCGACCAGACAACGACAAGUCCAAGGAGGAUCGACAGAAAGAAGAAGAGCUUCUUCUGCAGAUUCACAAAUUGGUGCAAACCAGAGACUUCCUGGUGGAUGACGUGGAGUUCGAAAGACUCAGGGAGAAGGAAGAAGAUAAAGAAAUGGCCGAUUUUCUGCGGUCCAAAUUCCCGAGACACUCGCAGAAAAAAGACGGACCGAGCAGGCUUGCGGCAUCCGAGGCUCGGCAGAACUCUUCCCCGUUGUCCAAGACGGGCCUCAGCCUGCUGAAGGAGUGCUGCGGCUUCACUUGCGCCAUCAUGUAGCUUUUCACCGUCUUUCGGUCACACUUGAAGUAAGGGUGACAGAAAAGUCACUGUCGGUGCACGCGACCUCCCAAAAUUCAUUUCCUCCACGUGCCUCGCGAUCGCGGUUCUUCUUAUUCCUUCUGUUUAUCGCGCAUAUCGACAAAGUGCGGCAUUCAUUAUCGGGCCAAAACCCAAACGGAGCUUCAGUACGACGUUAGAAAAGUACAAGUUAAUUCUCGCCAAUGUUAACCAGGGUGACGUUCUUCCCCGACUCCAAGGAAAUGAGAUCUUUAGAGACGUGGAGGCUCACAUUCAGGGGAAUAUUCAUCCAUAACUGCAUUUUUUUCCCCCCAAAUUGAUGAGAGAAACAUUGCACGAAGUGAACGAGAUUCACAUUUGCGGCUUCCUGAGCGCUCCGUCUGAUUUACAAAUCUGUUCUCGUCAGACUUUUUGAACAAAACUUAACCAAGUUCAUAUUUUUAAACUUCAGACGCGGGUGUUAAAAUAUGUCCUCUGAGAUACUUUGAACAAUAUGAUUUUAUACACUAAGCAUUAUACACUUCUUCUUCUUCUUCUUUUUCUUCUUCUUCUUCUUCUUCUUCUUCUUCUUCUACUUUUCGGCUUGUCCCAUUAGGGGUCGCCACAGCAUGGCAUCUUUUUCCAUCCAAGCCUAUCUCGUGCAUCUUCCUCAUCUGUCAGGCUAUCCAGUACUACCGCAAACAGGAAGGGGCUCAGCGCGGAUCCCUGAUGCAGUCCCACCUCCACCUUAAAUUCUUCUGACACACCUACGGCACAUCUCACCGCUGUUCUGCUGCCCUCAUACAUGUCGUGUACUAUUCCACGUAAGCUGUAACUCACACACCCAGUGGUAGCUGUGCAUUGACGUGUGACUUUAAGAGGCGUGGCCUAGCGAGUGAUGUCAGGAGCUCUGGCUCCAUCUUUGAUCGGCCGUUCAGCACGUUGGCGACUUCUCCGUGCUCCUUGCAGCUGUUUUUAUUUUGUAUU